UGGCCGUCGCACGAAUGGAAUUUUCUUUCCGUCGCGGCGCGCCGUCUGCUUUCGGUGCAACAUUUCUACACUGUCGAGCCGCCGCAUCUCCCGCCGCGAUAUUUCUUUUGCCCCACAUCUCGAGAUUCGUUCCGUUCUUCUGCAGAAGGGAUUUUCGACAUCGGGGAUUCGUUCAUUCCCAUUGAGACAGCUUGACAAACAGUUUAAAACGGCGGGGAGGGGCACGACCUCGGCCGACUUCUGGGUAGCGGGCGACUCCAAUCAGGUCGGUGUCGUCGUCGUUACCUCCUGAGAUUCCUUCUCAAGCGCCGUGGAUGGAACGAGUAAUUGUCGCUAGCCAGCGAGCCAUUCUUCUUCGUUUUCGAAAUCGGAGACGCUCCGUAUUCCCAGAGGCGGCGACGGCCUCUCCCAUUUUCCGAAUGAAAGGGUCCCGUUCCUGCUCGGGCAUGCUGUCCGAUAGGUCCUUUUGAUCCCUGAAUACCUCGGGUUGCCGCCUUUCUUCUUCUAUCCUGUCUCUCGGUAUCGUUCUUUCUAGUAAGCUCGGAAAGCUCGAUUUCACGCGUGCGACAGUUGAUGCCUCGUGUGUUUUGUUCGUACCCGUGGCACUGGUUAGCUGAUCGCCUGUCGGGAGUUCGUGAGAAUAAAACUGUCACCUGCCUCUAACGCAGUGCUUUCAAUACCCCUUUGUUUGAACCUCUAAGGACAUCGUUAUUCACCAGUUUCCCUUUAGCCAUGGGUUUCUGCCAAUGACACAGAGGGCUGUCCGCCGUCAUUACAACGUAGGAGGUGAAAGAGUGAGUUUCUCCAUGUGUUGCAAGGCACUUUGUUGCUAAGUCGUUAGCAACGAGUGUGUUAAGGCAGAAGGCGACCGGCCGUAGUGUUUUCGAAACGCGCGAUUCUUGCGGCAGGAUUCUUGUGGCCUCUUGAAACGCGGAGCUGACAGAAUGGUCCUCUGGCAUUUCGGUUGAGGACAAGUCUAAGCACUUUUUUUUUAUUGGAUACGGAUGUUUCAGCGUUUGACGUGCGACCUCGCCAAUGCUACUGAAAAAGUAAGACGGUCGUGUGUUGAGGGCGCCUGGCAUAAACUGUUUGUCUGGCGAAAACGUCUUGCUCUGUCAAAGACAACCGUUAGACAAUUGCGCUUCGUCAGUGUUCCGCGCAUAUUCUCGACUAUGGUUUCUAAAGCACCUCAGCUUCUCUCGAAUUUCGUUCCUCGUGCGUGUGAGGAAGUCAUCGCACACUUCGGUCGAGCUUAUAACGAAUGCCUUGCGGAAGCUUUUCCAAGCAUGUCCAUUUCAAAGUGAUUCAAGGAGGUUCCCUGCUGGACAUUUGAUUCCACUCGGGCCAUAACUGCGAAAUCGGAGACUUCGGUGCACCCUCGACCUACUCAAUAGCGUGUUGCGCAUUGCCGUGUUUUCUGCAUUCGCUUGCCCUUAAAUAGAUUCCGUCAGAUAGUCGACAGCCGUUUGUGCGCGCGUUUUCGUCCCCAUCUCUGUGCGCAUACGGCCAAUUAUACGCAAAACACUCAGAUGACCUCUGUUGUUCAUCGCAGACCUUCGUCCGCCGCCAUUUCUGUUCCAUCCACGUUUCACUGCGUUUGCCUCGUUCCUGUUACGGGGCGUUAGCGCUGUUUUAUCGUCGAACAUUUUGAUCGCUAACGCUGGACGACCGUGAUUCCGUACCGUUCUCAGUCGUUUUACUGCGGUACACGAACAGGCUGCACGAUUGUUUGCCGGGAGCGCCAAGAAAAGGUCUUUCUUGGUUCCUUCGACUUCCAACAACCGCCCUUAUGCGCAAGCGACCGUGCGCCGCCGGUGGCGGCGUAAGCGUGUCAAGUUUAGCCCGCUUCGGGAAAUGAACCGGGAACCGUGUUUGGGAUUCUCGGGCGGGAGCCCGCCGCCCUUUUGUGUACGAGGGACAGCGCUUAGCUCCCGGAGCAACUGAGUGAGGUGCUCUCGUGAUCCUCAGUUCCAGCGAGGCAAGCCCGCCGAGGGUCGCCGCCGAACGAGACUCCCGACCAAGCGCGAGGCCGAGUGCGACUCUCGUGCGGCCCGUGUUUGUUGUGCCCGCACCAGACCGCCGUGCCCGGUACGGAGAGGGGGCCCGUCCGAGCGCAUGGGCAACGUAAGGUCCCGCUGGAGGUCCUGCUUCGGCGGCCGCCGGUCGAAGGCCUACCCGGCGCCUGGCCACGAGACGCGGACGUCAUCAUGGCUGCCCCCCGUGGACUCGUGGAGCUCGGCGUGUACGGGGCUGCCCUACGGCUGGGAGGCGGCCGUCGACAAGAGCGGCAGGACGUACUUCAUCAAUCACGUGAGCAAGACGACCACCUACGAGGAUCCUCGAAAGGACUACGAGGAAGAGCCGCCCCCGUCUCCUAGAGAAGUGGAGCUCUUCCGCGACCCGCAGCUUGGCUUUGGCUUUGUGGCCGGCAGUGAGAAGCCAGUCAUUGUACGCUUCGUGACGGAAGGUGGUCCUAGCGAACACAAGCUCCAGCCUGGGGACCAGAUCCUCGGCAUCAAUGGCGAAGAUGUCAAGAAUGCACCCCGGGAGCACGUGAUUGAGUUGGUUAAAUCAUGCAAGCUCUCUGUUAAGCUGGUCGUCUGUCAACCUCAUGUGAACAAUGCAACACGAAAGUCAGCCCUCCUAACUGCAGCAAAGAAAGCAAAGUUAAAGACGAAUCCAUCAAGGGUUCGCUUUGCAGAAGGUGUUGUCAUCAAUGGUUCACCUCUUUAUUGUCCAUCUACGUUCGAGUCCUGCGUUCCCUUUCUGCCCAAUGUUAUGAAAGUGUUUCUUGAAAAUGGUCAAACCAAGUCUUUCAAGUAUGACAGCUCGACUACUGUGCAGGAUGUCCUCAACUCUCUCCAAGAGAAACUCUCUGUGAAAGCUAUGGAGCAUUUCGGCCUUGUAGUGGAACACAUCAAGUCAGUUCGUCGGAACAAGCUCACUCUCCUCGAUCCAAAGGACUCUUUGGCAAAGAUUGCAGCAAGGCCUGGUGCUCACCACUUGCGGUGCUUGUUUCGAGUUGCCUUCGUGCCACUUGAUGCUUACGACUUGCUGCAAAAGGAUCCUGUUGCCUUUGAGUACCUCUUCAUGCAGUGCUGCAAUGACAUGGUUCAGGAGAGGUUUGCUCCCGAACUCAAAUACGAUGUGGCCCUCAAGCUUGCCGCCUUGCACAUCCACCUGCACGCCCUCAGCAGUGGCAUCCAGGGCAAGGUCACCAUCAAGUCAGUCGAGCGGGAGAGUGGACUCAAGCGGUUUGUGCCUGGCUCGCUGCUGGAGACAAUGAAGCGUAAGGAGCUGCGCAAGCUGCUGAGUCACUUCCUCAAGCAGAACCAGGCAGCACUGUGCGCCCCUGGACAGAAGCAGCUCACACCCCUGCAGGCCAAACUGCACUACCUCAAGGUCAUCAGCGAGCUCUCCAGCUAUGGUGCCAAGGUGUUUGCCACAAGCACCAAGGACUCAAACACGGAGACAGGGAUAAUGAUAAGCCCAAAGUUCGGAAUCAGCCAGAUCAACAAUGCACGUGGAACAGUGCCUAUUCAACCUGUAACGUUGGCUCAAAUAGAAGAGGUGUCCUCUGUCACAGUCACAAGGGAUGAUGACCUUGUCUGCAAUAUUGAAAUCAACAUCAAAGACCCAGACAAAGAGAAUCUCAAGUUUGGACUUGAUGACCACGAGACAGCUGAGCUGGUGUUCAUCCUCAAGGGGUACCACAAGCUGUUGGCAUCACGGGACCUUCCUGUUCACUGGGAGACAGAGGAUCCUUGGAAAGUCGAGACAGCUCCCUGCUUCCAUGGAGCUCACAUUGUGUGCCCAACACCCUGGAGCUAUGCACCUUCGGAGGAGACUCCAAAUGGCCCAGUGGUGAAAAGCGUGGACCUUGCCCUGCCACCCCCAGCUUAUGUUCCCUGUGAGCUUCCGGACCGCGGCAUGUCGCGAAGCAGCUCGCGGGAGCAGUGCUCUCUGGUGGCCCUGUCCAACUCGGUGGACCACAACAUGAAUGAGACAAGUCCUUUGCAGCCGCUCAGCCCGAGCCGGGUUCUUCGCUCACCUGUUCUCGGUGCCAGCAAGAUGGAACAACGUUCCCUGCUGCUCACAUCCAAUGGCCACCAGCAAGCAUCGGACUCUGCGUCUUCCACAGCAGACGAUGACUCGGAGGAACGAUCAGUCAAGUUUGACAUCAUGGACGAUGACGAUGAAGAGGAGGAGGAAGAGCCUGUUGUACUUGAAGUAAAGAAUGAGGAGGUGCUGCGUCGGGUGUCAGAGAUGAGGCGUAUGGUAGCAGAUGCUGAGAGCUAUCUGUCUGACAGCAACCGGCCAGCAAAUCGGCCACCACUUCCAGCCAAUGAGUCGACCAGCAGUGACGAGCGUGAGACGGCCGGCCCCACCAUCCGUGCAGCCGACUCCCUCUUGCUGCUCACGCAGCUGGAUGACGUGUCAGAAGCGCUUAACGAAGUUGCAGCUAUGGCUCCAGAUGAAGCAGCGAGUGAGUCAGACACUGACAGCUUCAGCACACCAACGCAGAGCCCUCUCCACCGGACCUCGAGACUUACCGCAGCAACCGAGCCGUCUGCUCCAAACAAGCGUGGACGCAGUGGCUCCAGUUUCGGCCUUCACAGUCCAGACAUGUUGCCAGGAAUAGGAUCUGGAGACCGUGACCUCCUUGAGUUGCUCAAGCAACUGCAGUCAAACCCUGACAUCCAGCUUCCGUUUGAUGAGGGAACGCUGUACUUGGACCCAGACAUUAUUGAUUUGACCAUGAUUCCGCCUCCGAUGACACCUGAUGCAGAUGCCAUGGGGGAUGUCCCAGGCACGCUGGACGUGCCUCCAAUGCCUUUUUCAGACCGUGGUCUCCAGGGUCAUGCUGCCUUGACAAACUGCACACUGCAGGCUACCGACACUGACCAGGUCGACUCGGCACGUGUAGUGGCCGAAUUGGACGACCUCUGUGAUGUGCUAACAGAGAUGCGUGCGUCGGGCAACGAGCUGGGCUGCGACGCUAUUUUUCAGCAGCUGGGCUGCCAAGAUCUGGAGAGCUUCAUUGCGAGUGUGACCGUGCCCCCGCCCCCAACGUUAUCGGAUGACAUGCCCCCAAUGCUGCUGCCAGAUGGUGAUGAUGACAUCGCCUCGUACAUUAUUCCACCGCCACCUCCGAGCUGCGAUGAAGAGCAGAACGAAGUGCUGGCCCGCUUCGAGCGCGCCUCCGAGGACAUGCGCCGCAUAAUAGGUGGUGGCAGUACGGCAGCCAACAGUCCCGCCGUGGAGCCACCUGCAUUUGAGAGCCUCAAGGUGCUGUCGUACGGCAGCCUGCUCGAGCCUGCCAACCCACCAAAUCCCACAGUGAGAGAGCGGCGAGGCUCUGACGACAGCCACACAUACGAGAACUGUGAGCUUUCUAGAGGGCUGCAGGAAACACACUCGGCACCUCAGUCACUUCAGAAUGGGCUUCACGAGUAUGAAGAUGUGGCCUUUGGCAAACCGCGGGUGCCACCAAGACUGCGGAGGGUGGCAGGCGGUGGCGGUAGCUUUGAUUUGGCAGCAGCUGGGACGGCACCAAAGCGAGACCGUACAGGGAGCUGCGACAACAUCCAGGUUUCUGGAAGUUCGCUAGGCCAGCGGCAAGUGGCUCGGUCACAUUCGUGGACGAAUCUCCAGGGUCCCACAAGUCCAGGUUUGAAUAGAAAAGGAACUGCAGGGAAGCCUCCACUGCCUCCGGGUCUGUCCCUUUUACAGGAUCAGCCAAAGCAGCCACUGCCAGGCACUUUGGACCAGGCUGGCUUUGCACGCUCUGGAUCGGCCAGCCCCCACCCUUCUUCGAGUCCACUGGCCACACGGAGGGCAGGGUCACUGCGUACUGGAUCCGUUGGCCGGGCCGGUGGCCGCCAUUUAAGCAGCAGCUCACAUGGGCGCUAUCACCAGCGCAGCAGCUCUCUGCACUCAGAAUCUAGCAGUGCUGCCUGUCUCCUGAAUGGAAUCAAUGGCUGCACCUGCUCUCCACUUGGUUCAGGCAGCCCGCCGGCGGCCUGCCCCAGAUGUCAGGCUGCAGAUGAUGCCGGCAGCUCAAAGCAGCCUGCAGCAGACUCUCUUUUCAAGCGCGCACAGGAGGAGGUUUGCGGAAUGGUGCUACGGCUCGAAAACGCCCUCAAGGCUGGGGACGCUCGAGGCGAUGUUGCUACCUCAGCUAGCGACAGGCACGCCAGGGAGGCCCUGCUUGCCAAGUCGCGUCAGUUUGUGACUGCUUCCAAGGUGUUUGUGCGCAGUGCAAGCGAGAACUCUGAGCAAGUGACCGCGCAGCUGGCCGCGUGUAUGUCGCUACUGGAUAGCAUGUGUGCAGCUGCUGAGCAGCUGGCCCUCUCCGGCCCAGCCUGGGCGUCCCUGGUCGAACAAGUCAAAGCAGUGGCGGUGGCAUACGCACGUGCCACCGGGGCGGUCGAUGGUGCCACUGUGGGUUCACUCAUGCACCAAGCAACAGACCUGGCCUCAACACUGACAGCACUCAUGCGGACUCUUCGCUCACUGGACAGCUCCUAAUGUGGCCUCCUUCUUUGUUGUUGCCCUUUCUUUCCCUUGCCUGAGGCUGCUUCCUUUCUCCGCUAUCAGCCCACUUGAAUGGCCUAGAGCCGUUUUCACAUUGGGGCGUUUCUCACAACUGCAUUUACGAGAGCCAUAGAAUAAGCUGGAAGAAAACGAAAGGUUGAAGAGCAAGAGCUCUAAGCCUGCUAACACGUCUGCAUUGGCCAACGCUGCCCCGACGUUUUCCUUUCAUGGUGAGGAAAUGUUGCAACAGUGGUGCUAGCACAUCCUGCUUUAAGCUUUCUUUUUCUCUCACAUGGCCCAUAGGGACCAAAAUAUAGUCCAUCAAUCAGCUCAUUUUGGUCUUCUGGUGCAAGCAGAUCUCGCUUGGGCAGAUAAAGUGUGCCUCCAUACAAGGUGCGCCGUGUUUCAUAAAAAAGACAGUCAGUAAGUAGGCUUUACAGGAACAAGGUGCAACUGUGGGUCACAGUGCUCAGGUAUGUCAUACAGGACGCUGUGCACAUUUGUGAGCCCAAUGAUUGGCAUUGUUAGGGAGCACACAGACUGUAUAUGGCUUGUUCCCAACACCAAGUUGUUCUUAUUUUGGCAGCCAUCGUGUAUUUUUUAGUGAGGAGUGAACGCAAAUUCUCCACCAAGCUUUUGCAGUACUGUUGUAAGCGUCCUCUAAAUGGAAGUGGGUUGGUGUUCAGCUUAGACUGAAGCCAUCAAGGAGUCCCACAAUUCACAACUUGCAAAAUAAAUAGUUUCUUCAAUGCUGUGAGAUUGGUAAGCAUUCAAAUCCAUGGGCCAAAUUCUGUGCAUGAUGCAGUUUUAACAGAGCCAUGCAGUAGUGUUCGGAUGAUGUCAGCAUGCAUAAAUUCUUGAGGCUGUACUAAAGGUCAUUUUCAAGGGCUAGAUAUUCCCUAUUGGUUGGAGCUGUGAAACUGGGUGUUAGCUUAGUAAUCAUUCAGCAGGCAGGUAACCAUCCCCUUAAUUUUUAUAUCAUAUAUUUAACGUAGGGAAAUACAGUACAAGCUAACACCUCACACACCAUUGGCGUAAAACGUAAGCUUCAUGCAAUAUCCAUUCACACUACCACUUAAUACAGUACUUGAGAGCUUUUCCACUUUUCAAUAUGCCGUAAUGUAUUUGUUGAGUGCAUCAGGAAUAAAAGAGGUGUCGUCUUCAUGUUGAGGAUGCUAAAGCAUUUACCAUCUCGUAAACCACAAACGCUUCCGCGUUGGUUUAUUAAGUUACUUUUGUAGACCACUGCACACAUAUUCCUACGGUACUUUCAAUGCCCUAAAUUGGAAUCUGGUGCGUUCAUUUCGGCUGACACCUUGCACGUUCUGCAAGCACCACCAGAAGCAUUGAAACAUCGACGAAUGUUCUGCUUUGCAGUGAGGCGCAAUGCUUGAUGUUGCACUAUGUAAACGUGAAAUUACUGUUGAAAACUUCAUAGUAUACAGCCCUCAGACAUCUUCCGAUCGCUGCUGCAGCUCUAAAAUCUGUGCACUUUAAAGCCUGUAAGCUUUCUAUUUGUCAGCAUGGUAACACGACAAUUGUUGGCCGACGUGUGCUGCUGUCUGUUGCACAUGCUGUUGUUCUUUUUCCUUUUUAGUGGCUGUAAAUUUGUAGGAUUCAGCACAGGACUACAACAUAGGGAGAUCAUGAAAGGGAACCCUAAAUGAUACUCAAGCUUCUUUCUUUUUUUAUUUUUCACGAGCAUAUUAAGAAUGGGAUGUCCAAGCUUUUUUUGUUUGACUGUCCACUAUCUCACAGAGUUGCCUUGAAAAACGUGUCAGCCGACACACAUUCAUACACGUGUACGAUAUGUAUCUCUUGAGUGUUGCGGAUAUAGAAAAUAGGGCUGUCAACCUCGUACAAAGCUUUUCCAACAUGUCUGCAGCCAUGGUGGUCACAAGAUAAAAGAAAAAGCGUCUCAGCAAUGCCAUUUCUUGAGAAAGCUUUUAUAGAAAAAGGAAGUGCAUGCAGGUGGACAAUUUCAGUUCCGACGGCCUGCAUCUCAGUUGGUUUCAUUAAGCAAUCAAAGCUUCCACUCUGCUGCCGAUAUGUCAAUUAAGCACUAGCUUGUUCAGUUCUUUGAACUCUAUGGAGGCAUGUGCAUUCAACAGAGCGAAAUAAUGAACCAGAGCAAGCGUCCAAACGUUCUAAGCAGCCAAGAGUUGAAUAGUACUGCAAGUCGAAUGGCUGAUCACACACCCUUGGUGAAUGUUUAAUCACUUAAUUCUGGAACUGCUGGAAUAGGCUUACAAAGUUGGGCUCAAGGCAAGAACUGUUGUCGAGCGGUAAAGGAAAAAUGGCAAUUUGGUGAAACACGUGGGCAAAGAGCUCAUAUGAGCAUGCACAUUUUCUUCCAACAUAUUUCACAAAUUUUUUAUCUUUUGCUCAAGCCCUUGCUCCCAAUCAUGGAGCUUGCAAUGCCACUAUUCUUAUGGCUGUAUGAAUGUGGUCCAAUAUUAUCUGACAAUAUUAAAAGAAACUAAAGUUCUGUAACGUAUAACAAAAUCACGCAAACUUUUGGUUGAGGCACAGAAAACAUCAUAGGUACUAACAAACAAACCCUCAAGCAGCAUCCUGGACACUUUUUACUGCUUAUCUCGUGUGCAUCAUGGCUGACAUUGAAAAAAAAAAAAAAAAAGACCUUACUAGAUGUUCUUUUUUUCUUUUCACAAAAAGAGUGCUCGCGAUAAAACAAAUAGUUCUGCUGAUAUACCUUCUCAGUGGAAUGUAUUGUUGAAUGCCCAAGUUUUACGUUUGUGCCAGAAUUUCUAGAUAUAUUUGUUGUUACGGUAGUUCAGCUGGCUCAUCUUCAAGAAAACUUGUUAUAACGGAGCAUUUAAACGGCAUAUUGCACGGCAAAUGGAAGAGGAGUUCUUCCUGCGUGUUAUACACUCGUUUUGUUUCUUUUGUUGUGGUGCAAUUUUUCUGACGUGCAAUUUUAAACGUGGACCGAUGCUCGUGCUUUUAAGGGGAGUUUUCGUGCAAGGCCAGCAAUACAUGACACCAUCACAGAAUCUCAAGAGUUGGAAAAAAGAAUAUAGGAGCACCGAUAAUUCCACAUUCUCAUUAAGCUCGGUUGGUGUGGGGGUUGUAGCAAUAAAGCACAUUAUCAAGAGCUGGCUGGUCAUUGCAGUGCUGCAUUAAGAAUGAUUCACAGUAUAUCUCAUAAAUACAGAGAGAGAGAGAGAUGUUGCUGUUGUAAUAAGAUGUAUUUUUCUCUUGUGUAGUUAUAUGUUUGUUAAAAAGCUGUCAUUUGCAUGUACCAGAUAAGAUGAACAAAAUAAGCCCAGGGCCCUUGCAUCGUUAUGUGCAAGGACCAUGACACCAGCAUUUUUUUAACAACGUUGUUGAAUGGAAGUUGCUCAUGUCAAUCCCACAUGUACAAUAACAAAAAAAAAAGAAAAAUAGGAGCUGGGACAAACACACACACAUACAAAAAAAAUGUGACACACAUGGAAGACACAUUCAGCUUUUUAUUUCAAUAAUAAAGACUUUUAAAAACAAA